UCAUGACUACUUCAGCAAUUUGCACACACAUUGUUAAGGGUCUAGAACACAUGUGGUCAGAUCAAAUGUUGUUUGAUUUUACUGUCAAAAUCGAAGACGAAACAAUCAAAUGCCAUCGCCUGAUCUUAGCCGCAUGUUCGGAUUUUUUUCAAGCACUUUUUCGUUCAGGCAUGCGAGAAGUCACCGAGAACUGUGUGGUUCUACAGGAGGUUUCAUGUGACGUGUUUACGUUAAUUCUGAGGACAUUGUACACUGGUGUAGAUAUUUUAACUUCCCAAAACCUGCUGGAUGUUUGGCGAGCAGUUCACAUGCUGCAGAUCUCUUUCAUGGUCAAGUUGUGUGAGGACUUCGCUAUUGAAACGGUUACGAUGGAUACGUGGGAAAAGGUUUACACAAAUGCUAAACUUUUAGAUUCAGAAUACGUUCUUGAACACCUCCAGAAAUUCAUGAUAAAAAACUUUGAACAAAUUUCCCUGACAUCAACAUUUCUUCAACUAUCGUUUGAUGAAUUAAGGAAUUUGAUAAAAUGCCAAGAUCUAGUAGUAAGCAAAGAAGAUUUAGUUCUUGAAGGAGUGAUUCGAUGGGUCAAUUUUGUUCAGAUAAUGCCAGCUGAGUUAAAAGAAAGUAAAUGUACAUUGAAUGUUUGCCAAGAUGAAGAUUCAAAUAAAGUUGACCAUAUGAUACUAGAUUCUAGUGGUACAACUGACUUUGUAAAAAAUGAGAUAGCUCUGAGAAAGGAAAAACUUACAGGUCUAUUAAAAAAGAUCAGGAUCUAUCUUGUUAGUCCUUCACUUUUGUCUCAUGUAUACAAGAUGGACUUAAUAUCUGAAAAUAAAGAUUCAAGUGACAUAAUUGUCGAUGCUUUAUUAUAUCACGUUCAAGAUCUGAGACAAAGUCAUUGGCCAUCCGGUGCCCUACAUAGAACGUGUAGUGGGUACACAUAUGGUGGAGUAUUCGCUCAAGGAAAUGGGCAUCUUAAAUUUAUAAGUGCAAUCGAAGAGAAGAUUUAUACAAUUUCAUACAGCUCUUGGUUGUAUGGCGAAAUUAAUUUAACCACAGUUAAUGGAGAACUGUAUGCUGCAAGCAGACCAAACUAUCCCUUCUACAGAGAAUGUAAUAUACAUGUCUUCAGUGACACCAAAUGGAAUCUUGUGACGAAACUGAAAUGUCACAAUUUUUUAUUUUUUUCACGUAGAGAUUGUAUUUACAUUUUAAACAAAGAUACCCAAGAAAUUUACGAAAUAAAACCAAAAGACGAUCCUGAUCAUAUCCAUAUUCUGACGCAGUUUGCAGAAGAUAUUAAAGUUACGCACGUAAUUGCUCUAGAAUACUGCAUUUUGUUAUUUUGUUCCGAAACUCAAAACGGGUUAGAAGAGACAGCAGUUCACACAUUUGAUAUUCUAUCUAAAGUUUGGACCAGACUAGACAAUCUUGAUGGACCAGCAGAACAUUUAAUUAGUUUCAAGAAUGGUACACACAACUACAUUUUACAGGCAAAUGGCAGUUUGUGUUUGGUUCUUUAUUUACAUGACAGUAGAAAGAUCGAGUUUGAACAAAUUGCUAACCUUUGGACUUGGAAAACAGUGCUACAUGGCGCGUUCACUUACAAGAAGAAACUUAUAAUUGUUGGAUACCAAUCGCAAAUCAACCCGGAUGGAGAACAAAAACUAGAAGUUCCAAAUCACUUUAAAUUGAUCAAGCACUGGCAAUUUUUUUGUACAAGGUCUAAUGUAGCUCCUUUAAUAAUACCAACAGCUUCCCUUAGAGAGAAUAGCUAUUAUUACUAA